GCACCCCCAGUCUCGGCCGGAACAGCACUGACAGGGUGUCAGGAGGCAUGGUGACUGGCUGGCUGGGUCCCUGCUCGGCCAGGCUGUGUGGCACUCAGUGGGUGCAAAUACAUGAAGCGUAGCUGCAGGCGGAGGAAUAUCAGGUGCAUCUCUACGCCCUGAGGGCUCAACUCCUACACUUAAACCCCUCCCACCACAGCAGCCAGCUCCAGUUUCACCGAGCCAGCCCAGCGUGAGAACACAUCCUGCUCCCAGCGCCACACAGCAGAGACCUGCAUCCCGACCCACCGACCGACCCACUGACCGCACCACACACCUGCUCUGGGACCACAAGGCAAGACCUCUCGUGACUCCUUGGCAGUGGAGCUGACCCCAGCACUCGGAAAAGAGAGGCGAGACGGGAACUCGCCUUCCUAACGGCCACCAAGUUGGGGUUGAAGAGGAGUCUGCAGUGACCCCAUCAUUCAGCCAACUGGAGUCUGAAACACAGGGGACAUGAGUCUUCUCAAAGAGCGGAAACCGAAAAAGCCGCAUUACAUUCCACGGCCACCAGGGAAACCCUUCAAGUACAAGUGCUUCCAGUGCCCCUUCACCUGCAAUGAGAAGUCACACCUCUUCAACCACAUGAAGUACGGGCUCUGCAAGAACUCCAUCACUCUAGUGUCCGAGCAGGACCGCGCCCCCAAGGGGCCCAAGCCCAGUCCCCUGGACCCUCGGCAGGCCCUCCAGCCAGAGCCCACGGCCAAGUCAGCCCCCACCAAGGCCCUCACCACCCACGGGCUUUCCAGCCUCAACCCAAAGCCACAGCUCAGCCCUGCCAAGGAGGACGCCAAGGAAGACCUGGAGCUGCCGGUUCGGGCAGCCCACAGGUGCCCUCAGAGGCCGGCCCUGCAGAGGGAGCCAGCCCCAGAAGCUGCCCUCAGCACCCAGCCAUCUCCGGACAGCAUGGUUCGGCCUUCAGCAUUUGUUCCAGUUGGGGAGCACAGACUCAAGGGGCCAGACCAUGCAGAGGCUCCCGAGGCACUGGCGCUGACCAACCCCACAGCAAAAGCCACAUCUUUCCAUGCCAAGUCUGCAUUCCACACACCUGGCUACCCCUGGAAAGCUGGCUCCCCUUUCCUCACGCCCGAGUUUCCACAUAAAAUCCCAUCCUCAAAGGGUUUCGGCACCAUCUCUCCCUAUGUGCACUCCACAAUCCCAGAGUACCCCCCUCCCUUCUACACAGAACACGGCUUGGCCACCAUCUACUCCCCCUACCUCCUUGCUGGGAACGCACCCGAGUGUGACACCACCCUGUUGUCCGUCUACAGCGCCCAAGACCAAAGACACUUCCUGCCUCACCCCGGGCCACUCCCCAAGCACCUGGCCCCAUCUCCAUCAGCAUAUGACCAUUACAGGCUGUUCCCCCAGUUCCACACCAACCUGCCCCUUCCUUAUGGCUUAUACAGACCCGAGUCAGCAUUCACCUCCUAUGGCCUCAGGCUUCCACCUGCGGCUGGCAUCUCACGAGACCAAAGCUCUCGCCUGCUGGAGGAUGCUGCCCUGGUCUACCCGGCCUUGAGCCCCUCUGAGUUAAACCCUUCGAACCCCCACAAGAAAGACACAGAGUUUGAGAAAGGAAGCCCAACUCCUGAAGCUAAAGACCUUUCCAAAGACACAGAAGGAGCCAAAAUGAGCCCCCGUGCAGGCAGUGCAGCCACAGGCUCCCCGGGAAGACCAAGCCCCACCAACUUCACACAGACCAGCCAGACAUGUGAAGGCCUGUGUGACCUCUCAAACAAGGCAGCUUCAGACACCCCAGGAUGGCUCCAGCAGCCCAAACACAGCCCCACAGCCUUCAAGCUUGUCCAGAAGAGCACAGAAUACCCUCAGUCCCAGCCACCUGCAAACAGAGCAGAGUCGCCCAAAAGUCUCCAGGCCCCGAUAGAAGAUCCUGCCACACAGACAGGAAGUGCCUCUCUGAUCCCCGAGGCCCCACCCUCCAGCCCUGAGGAUGGCUCCAAGACAGGUCCCCUCAACCUCUCCAAGAAGUCGGAGACAAACCCUGCUGCUACACACCGACCAGAGUACACAGCCAGCACCCUGGAGCCCCUGGACUUGUCCGAGCCACAGGACCUGCCCCUCAACCUCUCUGUGAAGGAUGCCUGCAUCACCCGAGGCCCGAGGCCUACUGCUCCCAGCUCGUCCCAAGCUGCAGAACCCGCUGCUAUUGCUCAGAAGACCGAGACAGAAGGCUCUGGAGACGCACCAGGCCAGGCUGACACACAGCACAACGAGGCCCCUGAUGGGAAGGCCCCAGUUGGACGCGUGGUGGACAGCAGUGAGGAGCAGAAGCAGACAGCGGCUGUGGCCCUCUGUCAGCUGGCGGCCUACAGCCCCAGAAAUGUCCGGGUGGGCGAGGGGGAGACCACAGCCCAGGAAGCUGCCUGCCAUGACGUAGCCACGCCCAGUCCCAGGGAGAGCCAGGGAGCUCAGUGUGACCUCAGGCCCAAAGGACAAAAGAGGACAAGUCAAAGGGAUGCAGGGAAAUCACAGCAAGGAGCUAAGAAAACAAAGCCGAGUGACACAGCGGCACGUGUGUUCACUCUGCGCAGAAGAACCCGGGUGUCCUAAGGCCUCGGAGCUGCAGGAGACUUUCCCUCUGCGCCGCAUCCCAAGUAGCUCUGCACUGCUCAUCGUGAUCCCACAGGUGCAGUUUCUGGUUGGCCUUAGGAAGACGUCGUAGCUCAGUCCAGCUUUUGUGGACAACGAGAUGAAUGUGAAAAGGUGCUUCUCCUCCUCCUGGUUGUAAAGACAUGUGAAUGCCUUACACACUCCACAUCGAUGCAUUAAACCUUGGCUCAGUGCCUGUCAAUCCCAGUGCACAUGCAGGACCAGAGGGACACACACAUCUUCCACAGACACUGUCCUUACAAGCACAUCAGCACUAGAAUAAACCACCUUCACUGUUUUUCUACUACAUCUAGCUACAUGUCUUGAAGUACAUAACAGUUACUGAAAAGAUACCAGGAAUAAGUAUUUUCAGUACUAGCAUUCAAGUGCUAUAUGUAAAAAUGUUGUGAUUUGUUACAACUGAAACACAAACAUCUAGGGGCUAUUUAUACAAAUAAUUUAUUUCCACAAGGGAAGGUACAUUACUGGUGACAGUACAAUUGAUUUAUUCCAUUUGCUUGUAAUAUCGAAGUGAAUUUUCUAAUUUGUUCAGCCUCACUUUCCAUCCCUAAAAUGAUGUAUAUGUUGUUAAUUUUUCAAUAAACUCAUAAACUUUAACAACACAUAAAAUGAAGACAAGUGUAAAUUCUGUGGUGCCCUUUUAAGUACAGUGCAUAACCCUCAGCAGAAGCGCUGGCAGCGGAGGCAGCACUAACUGAGAGCUGACUCGGGUGUGUGGGCAGGCAGGAGGCAGGAACAGGAAAAGGCCAUCGUGUCCCUGGGGCUCCUCAAAGACCAUCAGGUCCUUGGGCCGAGGGCAUGGGGAAGGAAGACAUGAGACCCUGGGAGUGGCCUGGGAAGGCUCCUGUCCUCUCUCCUUCUCAACAGCCCUGCCAUCACUCUGAGGAGACAAGCCUCAGCGGAGCCCCAGGGUAAGAGCUGAGCUCCGGGCGCCUGACAAGUACCAGAGAGACCAGGAGAAGCCUCCCGCAGGUGGACGGGGUGCACUGCGCCCCUGCAGAGAAGGUGCCAGGAACCUGGCCACAGUGGAGCACAGGCUGCCAGGAGCAAGCAGCAAAGUCCCAACCACAGCACCAGCUACAACAAGCUGCUGCCAUUCCCAGCUCCCACUUCAUGAGAACUAGGCUCUCUAGCACUGAGCAGGGCUGAUGCAGAGCCCUGCCCGAUUCUGGGCAGCAGCGUGACUCACCAAA